AUGAGUGUACUCAUUGGUCGGCGUGAGCUCUUUGCCUUUGCUGAACGGUACUCGUCAUGCCGAUUGAAGGACUACACGGACCUGGCUGAUGGCGUCGUUCUGUGCAAUCUUUUUAACUUGGUGUUUCCAGAAAUGUGCAUCCGCACCGCCUCGCCUCAGACGCAUACAUUGUCACAGCGUACUCAGAUAAAUUGGGCAGCACUGCGUUCCGCACUGGACGAAGUGGGCAUUCCACAGAACCUUCUGGACCAGGGCGCAAUCCAUGAAGGUGAUGCAAAGGAGGGGUUUUCGGCCCUGGUUCUUUUUUACUUCCUUUAUCACCUAACUAAACGCACGGACUUCUCUGCGGAAUUUGCCGCUGACGUGUCUGACGUGCUCACGGAAUUUCUGCAGUCCAUUGACUCCAUUGCUGCUCUUUUUGUGGGCGGAGCUUUGCCCCUUGACGCCGUGCCACCACAGCUGCAGGGGCAGCUUUCCAAAGCUGCCAUGGCGCGAAAACGCCGAACCGUUUCAAAACAUGUACAAAAAGGGGAAGAGAGCAUGGCUGCGUCUUCACUUUUUGCGUCUGGGGAGGAUAACAGGGCGCGAUUUGAGAGGCAAUUAAGUUUUGACUCAGAAGUGACCUCAGUUGGGCAGCCCUUGUUGGACGACGAGGCAGUGCGAGCGAAACACGUAUCCAACGACCCGGUGAUGGACACAGCACAUAACGGGCAGCCACAUUACCACGACAAGAGGAGGAAGAGCAGCAAAGAGAAGACUGUGAGCGGGAAGGCUCCUGAAAGGAAUCGCAGUGUCAGUAUCAGUAGCAGAAGCAGUCAGACGACAAGAGGGGAAAAGGAAUUAAUGGACACAGAUGCAGUGAAAGGUGAAGUGGAACUUCAACAAGCCCUUAUUGCUAAAUCAGAAGAAUGUGAAAAGCUCAAGAUGCAGAAAAUGGAAUUGCUUUCAAAAAUGGAAAAAAUGGGCGAAGAAAAGUCAGCCAACUUAUUUUCGGCCAUGCCAGACGGAAAAGACGCGACGAAGCAAAAACUGGAGGAGGAGCAGCGGCGGGUGGCUAUAUUAGAGGAAGAACUGAUGUACCUGCGACGCAUUCUUCAAAAGACGAGAGAAGAGCGUUGCAAUCAGAUCCCCUUGACAGGGUCCUUUGCGGAGGAAUUGUUAAAAGAUGUGGUGGACACAGAAACGGGCGAGGUUGUUAAUGUUCAUGAAACGGCUACCUCUUUGCAUGGCGUCAUUUUGGACGCUCUGCGGGACUCGCCACGGAGACGGCGUGAGGCUCAGAGGUGGCUUUGGCUCAUUGUGUCAGCGUAUCAUGUGAUAGAGACACGUCUUGUGACGGCGUGUGACGUAGCCGCCAUGGAGUGGCAGCGACUGGAAAAAAAAAUUGUUGAUGGCAAUCAUCACAGUCACAGCGGCGGCGCUGAUAUUGGAAGCAACUGUAAUUCUGCUUCUGAGGCAACCGCCGAAUUGCCGUCAACGCCGGGUACUAUUGCAAAAAAACUUCGAGACUUCCAGAGGGUGUCUCCCUCCUCCUUUUCGCCUGGUGUGGCAGCUUCAACGGCAUGCGUGGAUCUGUCCAAGUUGGAGACAGAGAUGGAGAGGCGACAGCAGCAGUUUGAAAAACAGCUGGCUGAACUGCAUACAAAUGAGAAAAACCUUCGACAACAUGUUCACCAACUAGAGAUGCGUCUUCGUCGUCUUGCAAAGAAGACUAUUGAACGCGAGUUGAAUUGGAAAUCCCUUUGCGCUUCUAUCCACGAAGCUGAGCGUACAUCGUUUGCAAUUGCUGAGGCUGAGUCAGCAGAAGAAGUUGAGCAACUUUUGACGCGGCGUCAAUUAUGGUACGCUCGCGCUGAUGAAGAAUCUGCGGUUUUAGUGCAGCAGGGUGCGGACGACACCUUUGACAUUGAGUCGGAGCCAACAGGUGUCCAUGAUGUUUGUGAGGCGAUGCAAACGCUCGUCCUGAGUGUCACCCAAGACAGGGACAGGUUGCAGAGGGAAAUUGUGGAGUUACGGAAGGAAAUGCAGACUUCGGUGCAUCUUCCUGAGACUACAGCCCACACGAGUGCAUUGAAGGAUGAAAUACAAAAUCGACUUCUGGAACAGAAGGAGUACGAGCAAGACGAGGUGUGGUUUGUCCGGGCGGAAUCACGACCGCCCUAUACGCUAAGCUGCCCGUCGACGAAGCGUGCUUCUGUGACGCCACAGACGACGAGUCGUUCCGUGGUUCAAGAUGGUGCGACACCAUUUGCACGUAAUCUUUCAGUCCUCCUGGCGUCUGUGACACCGGCGUAG